AUGCCGUCUCCAAGCACAGGGGUGCUCCUCACCCUCGCCGCCGCGGCGGCGUGCGCAUCCGCCCAGAAUGCAACCACCAAGCCGCUCUCAACCCGGAUGAUCGAGUCGGCCAUCCUCCGGCAGCACGGCGUCGUCUCCUCGGGAGCAUCGACAAGCACCCUCGAGUCGGGCAUCCUGGCGCUGUCCACGCAGUCCUGGCUCGAGCUGUACGGGUCCUCCCCUUCGCCGCCAGACCAGGUCGCCGACUUCGUGUCCUACGUCGACGAGAUCAUCGCCAGCGUCUCCGCGGCGCCGGCCUUCUCCAACGCCACCGCCGCGUCGCUGCUGCCCCUGGACCGCCUCAGCGUCGCGCAGGCUGUACUCAACCUCGAGGAGGCGCCGGGGGCGGACGGCGAGCUCACCGCCGCGGAGGCGCUCACCCUCGACACGCUUAACUCGUCCCUCACGCUGCAGCGCCGGAACCAAUUUGGUGGCCUUUGGUAUUAUGUGUACCCGUACUGGUCGUACUUGGACGGGGCCGUGUCGUUCCUGCCGUACAUGGCGGAGCCGAGCAGUGGGUACUCGGCGGCGGACAUGCUGCUGCAGAUCACGCUGUUGUAUGAGAAGUGCUUCCAGGAGUCGACGGGCUUGGUUGUGCAUGGGUAUGACGCCUCCAAGACGGCCGUGUGGGCUAAUAAUGCCACUGGGGCGUCGCCGUACGUCUGGGGCCGGAGUCUGGGGUGGUACCUCACCGGGCUGGUCAACGCGUGGGAAGUUCUGACCAGCGAGGGCGGGGACUGUGUCGACAACAGCGCUGGGGCGGAUGGCUGCGCGGACUUGUUGGCGGCCAUCCAGCACCAGGCGACGACGCUGACGACCAGCCUGGUCCAGUACGCCGACGAGGAGACUGGCGUGUGGUGGCAGCUGCCCACAUUCCCCGGCCGCGAGGGCAACUUCCUUGAGAGCUCGUCCACGGUGCUGUACAUCUUCUGCAUCCUCAAGGGCCUGCGUCUGGGCCUGCUGGAGGACGACCAGCCCCUGGCGGACGUGGCGCUGCGGGCGUAUGAUUACACCGCGAGUGAGUUUGUUGUGGAUUAUGGGAAUGGCACGCUGGGGUGGAAUGGUACCGUUAUUGUGUGCAGUCUUAACUCGACUGCUACUUAUGAAUACUAUACUGGACGGCCUGUUGUGUUUGACGCGCCGCUGGGUGAGGCGGCGUUCGUGUGGGCUAGCUUGGAGGUUGAGAGGCUUGGCGCUUGA